CGGCCGGGGCGACAGAUUGCGGGUGCGGGUGCGGGUGCUUGGACGAUAGCUGGAUAGUUGGUGGUGUAGGCUCUGGCUGGUGUGUGUAUGGUUGGACUGCUGCGGUGCAUGCGACUGUGCUCGGUGUUGGCGUGGGUGGGGCUGGCCGUGGCUGCGCUGGUGGUAGCGGGUGCCGCGGGCGGUGUUAGUGGCGGGGAUGGUGGCCGAUGCGACGGCGUGGACGGGCUUGGCGGGCGAGUCGCUGUGGUUGAUGGCGUGGAAGACAUGCUGGGUGCUGGAUUGCCUGGGGCUGGCUUUGCGCUGUUGUAUGCGCCGGGGUGCCCGCACUCGGCCCGGGCCUGGCCGCGCUUCCUGGGUGCGGCGGCAGCGGUGGAGGCGCAGCUGGGGCGGAUGCGGGCGCAUUGUGUUUCUGGGACAGCGUCUACGGCAGCUACGGUGCCGAAUACAAGGUAUGUGGCGAGCGACGCGUCGCGGAAGCCCGAGAUCGCCCUGAGCGUCCGCAUCUGGGCCGUCCCGCUCAUGGUGGCGGUGGUCAACGGGAGCGUGGCGGCGACCCGGGUCCCACCGGUCGACGACGAUCCGACGGCAAUGGCGGCGUGGAUGGCCAGACAGCUGGAGCGCAGAUGGCCGAUGCUGCGGGAGACGCAGCUUGUGGAGCUUGUUCGCGGCGGCGAGCGUGGCGUCUGUCCAGCCGUGGUCCUCGAUCGCCACCCAGAGUGCAGUGCGGCGGCUGGCGCGCCCGUGGAGCUGCUGCCACCAUGGCCCGAGGUCCGCAUUGCCUUUCGCCCGUCCCGGCCUUUUACACCGGGUACACUUGCCGCAAGCAUCGUGGUGAUGGUUGCGGUGGUGGUGUGGGCGGCGUCACCGGGCACAGUGAGUCUGUGGUGGCGGCACAUCUUCGAGCCGCCGCUUGUGGUCCAGCAUCUGCACAGAGAAUAACAAUCGUGAUCAUGUG